UAGUCUACCAAAAUUACACCGAAUUGGAUAAAUUUACAUUCUACGUUAUAGGUACUAGAAAAAAGAAUAAGAAGGAAUAUUUGUUCGAUCGAUAAAGAAAGAGGGGAUAAUAUGCGCCUCUUUCUUUUUCGCAGUCACUUGUGUUCUGACCGUUGCACCGACAUGAUCUGUCUCGAAGCGCAGUAUUUUAAUCUGAAUAGAAUUCUUUUACAAGGCACUGCACAAUGGCCGUUUGAACAAUCGAAACUCGUACGACUCCAGUUUAUUAUAAACUGGACUAUUCUCGUUUCCGCUAUUAUCUGUCAGAUACCUACAUGUUUUACGUCACAAUUCACAUCUAAAUUUGCUAUUAAAGUUUUCUCCUGUGUACUGUUCUUAUCUUUUGUGACGAUACAUUACACUUCAUUUCGAUUUAACAUCAAAACCUUAAAGGAUUUGAUGGAGCAACUUCACUGUGCAUGCACCAAACUAAGAGACAAAAAUGAAAUCGCUAUAAUACAAGAGUAUGGCAGGACUGCAAAUCGUGUUACAGCUGCAUGUGUCGUGUUUGUUGGUAUUACAAAACUUGCUUUUUGGGCCGUUCAAAUUGUAAUACCUUAUCUCGAUAACGUUGCACCUAUAAACGGAUGCCGACCACGUCGAUUAUAUAUAGAUGUCGAAUAUUUUAUUGAUCAAGAAAAAUAUUACUAUGUAAUUCUGAUUCACAUGAAUGCAGCCCUAUUUAUUGGAAUAUUAACAUUACUGGCAACGGGAACACUGAUGGUUAUGUUUUUUCAACAUGCAUGCGGAAUGUUCAAAAUUGCUUGUUAUCGUAUCGAACACGCGAUUGAGAUUAAUGCACUAAAAAAUAUUAGUUUCAACAGCGAACCUUCCAUAUCCAAGAAAAUAGUGUAUGCUGUAGAUAUUCAUCGGGAAGCUAUGCAAAUAACCGACCAUUUGAUGAACAGGUUCGAUACAAUGUACUUUUGUUUAGUAGUGCUCUCGGUGAUUACACUGAGUCUCAAUCUUUUCCAAGUAAGGCUGAGAGGUCGGAAUUGCCUAAAUAUAUUUUCCAAUUAUUAAUUUGACUUCCAUUAAUCGU